AGGCAUGUUUGAAUUAACCUACACGGUUUGUAUUUGUAAUAACUCCUAUUAUCAUUAAUAACAAAUCGGGUUACAGGUGAUUCCACCUACAACCCUUCCGAUUACUCACACUUAAUAUUUGCGUGAUAAUUUACACUAUCAAAUUGGCGCCGACCGUGGGACCUAUUACAGAAAAGUCAUGGCCAGUAAUCAGGAAACCGUGAUCUCACAAAUUUCUACUCCCGCUGAGAAUGUCAUUUCAUUCCCGGGAGGAAGUUCCCAACCGUCAAGCCAGGUUCCUACCCCCAUCAUCACCAUUCCACCACCUAUCCCAUUCACUUCCCCCGUGAACCCUGUUCCCGUUUUUCCUUCAAAUUUCCCCGGACCCCUUGAUCCAAUGUACAGCCAGGCUCUUCAGAAUUUUGGACAUUUCAUGUCCAUGUUCCAGCAGCCGGGAGGGUUUUCACUUUUCAAUCCGGGAUUGUAUCCACAAUCCUCGCCUCAAACUAACGUCAUUCGCCUGAUCGUUCCGACAAACCUGAUCGGGGAGAUGGAUAAAGCUGGUCCAUCCCGGUCUAGAAGGAGCCGGUCCCGUAGGUCACAGACAAAGGUGACCUCGGACGGGGAUGUGCGUUCAGUGCACAGCAAAGACGAGGAUUGGGACGUCCCCCAGGCGAUCAAGAAGUUGAAGGGAAAGGCAGUUCAGCCAGAAGAAUCUAGGAGGUCGGCCUUUCUGAGACUUGGCCAUGAUGGCCGAAAUCAGAACCGGCACACGACCCGUUCACACGUUGAGCAACCUCGGGAUCGUGUGGGCCGGGUCGAGGCACGUCUGGAGAAACUACAACGCCGGGUAGACCGAGAAGAAAAGAAGAAGGUUCUGCUGAACGAAUCUCCGUUCACAGACCGGGUUCAUGAAACACCAUUUCCAAAGAAGGCGAAACUUGAAGUCCCGAAGUUCACCGGGAAGGAGGACCCGGAAAUUCACGUCAAAACCCUCCAUCAAAGUGGGCGGAUGAUGGGUCUUUCCGGGGAUGAGAAAUGUUUGCUUUUCUUUCAGACCCUCCGCGGCCGAGCCGCCGAGUGGUUUCAUAACUUACCGGCCGGUGAAAUCGAUUCUUUCGAUGAACUGGCUGAGGUGUUUCAAGAAAAGUUCAAAGAAAACUGUACCAAGAGGAAAAAGUUUACCUACUUGAGUACAGCCGGGCAGCGAGAGCACGAGGAUCUGACAAAAUUCCUCACCCGGUGGAAGGAUGAGGUUGACAAGGUGGAGGAGAUGGACGACAAGACAGCAAUGUCCCUCCUUGUAUCCGGGCUCCGGUCCGGAGAACUAUACAAAGAAUUCUGCAGGAGGCCUCCCCAGUCCUAUCAAGAGGCCUAUAACACGGCCUGGGACUAUGCUGACGCUGAAGCCCAGGUGUCAUCCAAGAGGGAAGCCGAGCAGGGCCACUCAAAGGGAAAAGUUUCGUUGAAAAAGGAAAUUACAUUGCCCGGUAAGAUAAUAGCAGAAGUCAUGGAGGUAAAACCGGUCAAAACAGAGAAGAAACUGACCGGCGAGAAACAAUGGACGGAGAAGUAUUGCUCUUUUCACAAAACUGAUUCCCAUAACACUGCAGAGUGUAACAGUGUGAAGGGGGUAAUAAAGCAGAUGAUUGAGGCCGGUGAGAUUGAUCCUGAAUAUCUGACCCAGGCUAAGCAAAAGAAGAACCAAUGGGUCAGACCAGAAGAACAACCGGCCGAGCAGAAUAAAAAGAAGAAAACCGCCGGUAAAGAGCAUUUACAGGUCAUCUACGGUGGACCGGAAGGGGGAGAUUCUGCUUCCCAAAGGAAGAAGUGGGGGCGAGAACUCUACGUGGGGACGGUAGCCCUCAAUCCCCGGUCAAAACAAGCAAGACGGGAACCGAUCACUUUUACUGACCGGGACCUUCCCGCCACCGGAGAAGAUCACAAUGACCCCCUGGUUAUAACUAUGGACAUGGGUGGAGUCGAUGUCUCCCGGGUACUCGUUGACACGGGAAGUAGUGUCAACGUUUUGUACUUGGAUGCAUUUGAAAAGCUCAAGUUGUGUCGGACACGGCUUGAGCCCUUAAAGAUUCCCCUGUCCGGGUUCACCGGGGACUCUGUUGAAGCUGAAGGAUCAAUCCUUCUUACUUGUGAGUUAGGCACAGGAGACCAGGUCGUCCAGAAGCAAAUGAGGUUUGUGGUAGUGAACAUCAAAUGUGUUCAUAACGCCAUCCUAGGCCGACCUGGAAUAAACAAGGUCCGUGGAGUCAUCUCCAUGGCCCACCUCUGCAUGAAAUUCUAUACCCCGGGCGGUAUAGGACAGGUCAGAGGAGAUCAAAAGAAGGCCCGACAUUGCUACUUGGAGGCCGUAAAGAAAAUGACCAAGGCAUUUGAGAGAGUCACUUUGGUCUCUCAGGAAGAAGAGCGGUCGAAGCUAGAGCCGGGCGAUGAAACUGAGCAGAUUGUUCUCCGAGAAGCCUUCCCAGAAAGAAUGGUACGGAUCGGAAGAGAUCUGCCCGGAGGACUUCGAGAUGAAAUCAUCUCAGUUCUUCGGGAAUAUGCAGAUAUUUUCGCUUGGAGUGUGGCGGACAUGCCGGGCAUUGACCGUUCUGUCAUAUGCCAUCGUUUGGCUGUGAUGGAAGGGAGCCGGCCUGUGAAACAAAAGAAGAGGCACUUGGCGAUCGUCCGUAGGGACUUUGUGAAGAAAGAAGUCAAGGACUUGUUGGCGGUCGGGCACAUACGGGAGGUACAAUACCCGGCCUGGCUGGCUAACGUCGUCUUGGCUCCAAAAGGCGACACCUGGCGCAUGUGCGUGGAUUACACGGAUCUGAACAAGGCAUGCCCCAUGGAUUCAUACCCGCUGCCCAGUCCCGAUCAGAUGGACCGGGAAUCGGAGGACUCCUUGAUGGGUAAUAACCCAAGGAUACCACCCGGUUGGUUCACCGAACAACACGCGUCUUUUUCAGCCCGGGUUAUUUGACCGGUUGGAUGAGGAGACCAGAUGCCAAUGCCCGAAGAUUUACUCAAGUGCACCUGGUGGGCCGGUCAGCCGCCUGACCGGUUGAAUAAUCAGAGACGUGCUUGACGUGCUUAGAAUUAUUAUAAAUACCCUUAAAAGCCUCAUUUGUGAGGCAUGUUUGAAUUAACCUACACGGUUUGUAUUUGUAAUAACUCCUAUUAUCAUUAAUAACAAAUCGGGUUACAGGUG